CCCCUGUGGUAAAAUCCCCAUGUCGUCACUGCAGAUAAUCACGGAAGUGAACCGGGCGACGGAACGGACAGAAACACAAAUAAGUUGGUGCUUAGGCUUGACUAAUAUUUACAGCUCACAGAUAGUUUGCAAUCAUGCUGGGAGGAGGAUUUAAAGCUGAGAGGCUAAGAGUCAAUCUGCGGCUGGUUAUAAACCGACUCAAACUCCUUGAGAAAAAGAAAUCCGAGCUUGCCCAAAAAGCAAGGAAAGAGAUUGCUGAUUACCUGUCAUCGGGUAAAGAUGAACGAGCCCGUAUCCGCGUGGAGCACAUUAUCAGAGAGGACUAUCUGGUAGAAGCCAUGGAAAUCCUGGAGCUUUACUGUGAUCUGCUGUUGGCUCGCUUUGGCCUCAUACAGUCCAUGAAGGAACUAGAUCCAGGCUUGCAAGAGGCAGUUUCUACUCUUAUCUGGGCAGCACCUCGUCUCCAGUCAGAGGUGUCUGAACUAAAAAUUGUAUCUGAACAGCUAUGUGCAAAAUAUAGCAAGGAGUACGGCAAGCUAUGCAGGACAAACCAGAUUGGCACAGUUAACGACAGGCUGAUGCACAAACUGAAUGUGGAGGCCCCUCCCAAGAUUCUGGUAGAGCGCUACCUGAUAGAGAUCGCCAAGAACUAUAAUGUGCCGUAUGAACCUGACGCCAUGGUCCGGCCUGAGGUGUGUACUGGAGAGGAGGCAGACUUGAUUGAUGUGGACACUGACAGGAAGUCUGGAGGAGGGGGAGGAGGUGGUGGAGGUUUCACUGCUCCUGCUGCAGCCAUGCCCAUGCCCAUGCCCAUGCCCAUGCCUAUGCCCAUGCCCAUGCACAUGCCUAUGCCGGCAGCUUUCAACUAUCCACCUCCUAAAGGAGCAGAACCUUUUAACAAUCCAGUCGGAACCUACAACAGCUUCCAGCACCCCAUGGGAGGAGGGCAGCCUCCUCAGCUUCCCACUUCUCCCCCCACAUACGAGACUAUCGAUGACCUUUCUGACAAACCCUUUGUUCCUUCCCAGGUUGUAGGUCCUGGUCCUUCGUCUCCCCCGUUUGACAGCAACGCUCUACCAGAGCUUCCCUCAGUUCCCGACACGCUCCCCACGUCCUCCUUCGGUGGCAACACCACCACCUCCGAUGACAUCGACUUUGAUGAUUUGACACGGCGGUUUGAGGAGCUGAAGAAGAAGACCUAAUUGUUUUAUGCUCGGCCGAAUCUCACUCACACACACAAACACACACACACACACACACACACAGAGAGGCUUGUGUCGUCACAUACACAGUUUAGAAAGAGAAAUGGGAAAUAUUUAAGUCUUUGAAUCAGAUUUCAGUAGUGAAGUCAUUUUACAUAGAUAUUAAACAUAUAUAUAUUCUUACCUCAUAUAAGACCAACUUACUGAGGGUGUGGACACUCACUCUGUUAGCAAGAAUAUAAUUUAAUUUGCAAUGAGUGUCAUAUGGUUUUCUUUCUAAAUGUCAAAUUGUAUACAAUCAAGUUCUCGCUGAGCCUUGUUCACUCCUUUUCAUUUAAAGUCACACUGGCUUUUAACAGUUCCCAUCUGUGUGUGAUAAACUGUAUAAUUAAAUUUAGAUUUUAACCUUAUUUUUCCUCGGGUUUGGGUUUUGACUUAUUUACUGGACAUGCCUUUAUCCUACUUUGCAUGUGCUGAUGUCACUGUCAUCGUUGCCGCUGUGUCACCCAAUCCUAUCUCAGACCAGUCAAACCAGCCUGGCAGGCUGCCCCGCUUUCAGCAGGGAAUGGGCAUUCACACUUCAGUCACCAUGUUCUUCCACACGCUCCGACAUGCAACUCUGUUUUUCAUUAAGGUAUCGGCACAAGCAGAAGCCAUAUUUCCUUUGUGUUUUGCAGUCAUGCAGUUUUCUCACUGUGGAAUGGACAUUUUAAGAAACACUCUUAACUCGCUAAACUUUUAAACAUCAAGGUUUACUCACCUCUGCUUUGUAGAGUUUAGUAAACAGAGUUGAAGUGUUACAAUAGAAAACAUGUACGUGUGAAUCCUCCAGGAAGAGGUUAUGGUGACGCACAUCAAAAUUGUUCAUUUGUUAACAGAUGGUGAGACAGAUGUAAAGAGAGACAAACAAGUGUUUGGAAAUCUGUGAAAUAACACAUUCAUGGCAAUAUAGAUUGAUUUAUUUACACAAGUUAACUGUACAGCAAAAAGAGUGUUGCAGACACUAUGUGGUUGUCCAGUAUUUGACCAAUCUGUUUUAUAUACACACUCCGUAUAAGAAUAAAGAUAAUUUUUUUUUGCUUCUUUGAAUGUCAGUUUUACCAAAACAACAGCACUUUUUAAAAUAAAAUACUUAAUUUACACUUAAUAUCUCUUUUAGACAUAAGUAACCAAACAUCAACUUGUUGUUAUUAGAUGUAACUUUUUGACCCCAGAGGUGAUAGUUUUACAUUGUCCUCUGUGAUCAUGCCCAUGAGUCUUCUACUGUAUGUGCACCACUGCAUUUGCCUUAUCUAUCAUCUCUCAUCUGAGGCCUUGACAGUCUGAUGGGAUUAAGCAUUUGUUCUUCAUCAAGACUGGAGUCAUGUUACCUGUUUCAGUCUUUUCCAUAAAAAAAAAAAAAUUUUUUAAAUAAUUUGUGCAUUGAAUGCAAAGAAAAGUCUGUUCUGUCAGUAAGAGUAGAUGUUUGUUUCCUGAGGAAACAGGGAGCGAGAGGUUUUUGUUUUCUUGCGUUGCUGUAACCUAACCACACCCAGCUCUGCUUGCAUGGCAAAUGGAUGGCAGCCUUGGGUACAAUGAUUCAGCAGUUUCUGGAGGCAUGAGGAGAGGUUUCUACAAUGACUAGAUUUAACUUGUGUUAGAGGAUACAAAGAGAGAAAUAACACUACAGAGUUGUGAUUUGCUUAUUAUCUUUUCUAUGUUGGACUGUUCUGUCACUCUGUAUCUUCAGACACAAAGUUGUGUCUUGUUGAAAAAAAAAAAACGUUUUACACAAUAUAUGAUAAAAUAAUCUAAUAAAAGACUGUUUGGAACUGGAA